UAUGAUAAGCAAGCACAAGGAUGGGAACGAGUCCAGGAGUUUGACAAAGAACAAAUUCUCUCAGUUCCACAGGGAUAUUACGUGGAACUAAACUUCACUAUGCACAGCAGGUUUCCACUGCCAUGCCUAUGGGGUUCAAAUCUUGAAAUUCGUGAUGGCAGUAAUCAGUCGGCCAAUUUUCUUGGUGAAUUCUGUGGAGAUUACGGAAUUGGAGUAGUGCGAUCCAGUGGACGAUACAUGUGGUUGAAGUUUAGCGGGAAAUAUUACUUUAAUUUUGCUGCAUUCUAUACUGGCAGAGCCAACAAUGAAACAGGCAUGGAGUUCCUUUCUAUAUAUAUAUAUAUAUAUAUGUAAUGAAUAAAAUAUUUGAUUAUUGUUCAUCGUGAUGUAAGAUAAGAGAUGAACUUUAUUCGUUUGUCUCACGACGGUGUCACUAUGGAUGUUGAUCGCGACGUUUCGACUGCAAUACUGCUAGUCUUCAUCGGGCGAUGAGGUCGAUUGUUUACGUGUCGCUAUUUGUAGCACGUUGGUUCGCUGCUAUUGGUGCAUUUCGAUCCUAUUAUUACUCCGGUUGUUAGACGGUGUUUUCCUCAUGGGUCCGUAUUGAUUGGCUACUGUGUUGUUUGAAGGGGGUAAGUUUCUAAAUAAAACUGCGGUGCUGCGUGGGUGGGAGAGUAUGACAAGGUAAUUUAGUACUAUCAACUGAGCUGAAAACGUAAAUUGGGCAUCGUAAAAGGUUUAAAGGCUGAUUUUUCGAGCGUUCGACUCCACUAUCCUUAUUGAUGUUGUUAGGAUGAAGUCUAUGAAUAGCCUCUUUGACCCUAUGUGUAAUAAACUUAGCGUCGCUCCAAAUAGGAAUAUGCCCCGUUUCGUACGCAUGCUCCGAAGCCGCACACGUUUGAGUGCAAACAAACCGUAUGUUUCUGUCAUGUUCUUUUAUCCUUUUUCGCAUUGAUCUCCCUGUUUCACCCAUAUACACUUUGCUGCAUUCGCAUGGGAUCUUGUAAACGACACCGUUUUGUUUUGUUGGUUCUAGCGCGUGUUUAGGUUGCACUAGGUGAGACCUUAGCGUUAUGUAAGACUUGAGAAUGGUCCGAAUGCCUUGAUGUUGUAGGAAGCCGCGAAGAACCUUUGAUACACCCUUUAUGUAGGGGAGAACAGCAGUAGAUUUAAAUCCCAGCGCGGGUUCUUUGUUGGCUGUUACUCUCGGUGUCUUUGCGAGUUUCACUACAAACGAAGAAGGAUAACCAUUAGAAACAAGUACUGAUGAUAAGUGUUUCUUUAACUGACAGCAAACCAACGUGCUACAAAUGGCUACACGUAAACAAUCAACCUCAUUGCAAUUAGCAACCAUUUUUUGAAACGAAUAUGUACACAUAUGAGUCUUCAAAAACAUUUCAAAUUUCUAAAUGUAUAUACACCUUUUCUAUUCUCAUCAGAGACACUUUUUGGUGAAAAGAAAAGGUAUUUAUAUAAAUAUAAAUAUAUAUAUAUAUAUAUAUAUAUAUAUAUAUAUAUAUAUAGAGAGAGAGAGAGAGAGAGAGAGAGAGAGAGAGAGAGAGAGAGAGUUAAAAAAAUGCGAGGAUGGACAACUUUUGGCGUAAAAAAGAUAAAAAAUUUAAUAAAAACGUUUCGGUCAGAGACCUUCUUCAGUUAUUUACCUAAAAUAACUAAAUAACUGAAGCAUUACGUUUUCAGCACCACUUUCUGCUCUUUCACGUGAUCUUGUAUCUUAAUCAUUGGUUGUCACCUGUAAUUACGUAAUCACCAGCACCUCGAUCUUAUUUAAAGCUCUUUUUUAUUCAAAAGUUGUAAAUAACUGAAGAAGGUCUCUGACCGAAACGUUUUUAUUACAUUUUCUAUUUUUUUUACGUCAAAAGUUGUCCAUCCUCGCACUUUUUUUAAUUUUUUACAUACAUACAUACAUGUAUAUAUAUAUAUAUAUAUAUGUAACUAACUGCAGACAGUACUGUUUCGGCCUUCACAGAAAAAAAACACAGUCAAUAAAUUAAACCAAUUCCUUGCUUUUUAACAUUUUUAAUUUUUCUGGUUGUAAUUGCUAUAAAACAACAUGACAUUUGCAGAAUACAACAGUUAACGAAGGAUGAGAAGUCACCAUAAAACUGUAAAUUUCGUAGAUCAUCUGCAACUGAAAAUAAGUUACAGAAAAGUUAGUUAAGUUCUGUGCUGCUGGUUUUCAAAGACCAAUGAAUUGAACAGAGAUUGACGCUUAUCAAUUCAGAAGGAAUAUAUUUUUUCAAAGUGCAGCACUAAAGAGAGUCACGGAAGAAAAGAAAUAAUGCUAGCAGCAAUGACUCAUCCUAGUAGAGUGCUAAAUUUGGAGAUGAAAGCAAAGCUUUGUAUGCCAAAGAGCUAUAUCUAACUGCAUAAAUAUAUAUACACUGUGGAAGGAAAAAGACAAAUAAACGACCAGUUCAUCCCUACAGACCUGUUUCGUGGUUGCCCACUCGUCAGGAGAAAUCCCCUGAUGAGUGGGCAACCACGAAACAGGUCUGUAGGGAUGAACUGGUAGUUUAUUUGUCUUUUUCCUCCCACAAUAUAUACAUCGCUCUACUCCUAUGUAUUGAGCACUGUCUUACGUAAGUCAAAAUAACUCUUUUAUAUAUAUAUAUAUAUAUAUAUAUAUAUAUAUAUAUAUAUAUAGAUAGGAAGUCUGCAGGUCGAUUUUCGCGUGAAACAGUGCUCAAUACGUUGAAGUAGAGCAGAAUAAAUAUUAUGAGAGAAAAAAACGACGCAACUACAUAUCCCGACAAGCCUGUUUCGUGAAUUAAACCCCUGAAGAGUGAAGCGAUUCACGAAACAGGCUUGUCGGGAUAUGUAGUUGCGUCGUUUUUUCCUCUCAUAAUAUAUAUAUAUAUAUAUAUAUAUAUAUAUAUAUAUAUAUAUAUAGGAAGUCUGCAGGUCGAUUUUCGCGUGAAACAGUGCUCAAUACGUUGAAGUAGAGCAGAAUAAAUAUUAUGAGAGGAAAAAACGACGCAACUACAUAUCCCGACAAGCCUGUUUCGUGAAUUAAACCCCUGAAGAGUGAAGCGAUUCACGAAACAGGCUUGUCGGGAUAUGUAGUUGCGUCGUUUUUUCCUCUCAUAAUAUAUAUAUAUAUAUAUAUAUAUAUAUAUAUACACAUACAUACAUACAUACAUAAGUCAAAGAACAAAGUGCUCAUAAAGUGGCAUAAAGUGCUCAAUGCUGUGGUAGAUGAGCUAAGUAUACAUAAGUUAAAGAAGAGGACGACGCAUUGAUUCUCUGUAACUCUAAGUUUCGCGCCUAAGCGUUCGUCAGACAGAACUUUACUCAACGAAGAACAUACCUCCUUAUAUACAAAUUAGAUAACUUUGCGCCUCAUGAGAGCCGAUUAGUGCUCUCGUGCCCCUGGUUUCCUCCAACGACUAUACAGUUGAAAUCCCCUAAAAGAAACGUAGUCAGAGCAAUGAUGCAAAAUCCUUAGGCGAGGAGUGUGACGCGAGUCACGCUCGAACACCUUUUUUAGUUAAUGUUAAAUAAUCGUAAUUCGUGUGACUAAUUUUGAAAUGUAAUCGUUAAAAAGAACACGUGGAGGCUUCAAAUCGCACUAAGAAAAUUAAGCAGAAGGAAAAUACCCCGUAUUUUUUUCUUAGGAGUUAAACAAUGUAGGUAAUAACUUCUUUCGACGUUAUUUUCGUUUUCUCACGUCUUUGGUUCGAGUAUUUUUGUUUAUUUGGUCCUUGAUGUUUCAUUUUUAGUUUUUCCACCACGUGCCAUGUGACUUUAAGCAAUGUUCAAUAAAUUAGAUUGAGAGUAACUGUGCUAGCGUGGUACACGGUUUCAACGGCGCUAUCUCGAUUGACACGCAACCGCAAUCGAGAACGUGACAACUUGUAACAUGUCAACAUUGACGACUUCCGGAGAGUUUCUUACGCCAAAACGUCGUAGUCGUGUAAACAUCUCGGUUACACGUGGAGAUCUUUGAUAUCUAUCUGCGUUUUAAACUAAAAUGCGAAUGGACAGAGAUGAAAAGGAGAAGAAUCCAUUAGUGAAACUUAAAAAGAACCCUUGAAAUUCGAUGCGGAAUCGCGAAAGAAUCUCACCAAAACGGAUAAAGCCUCUUGGCUUGGGCAAUCUUCGUUGCUCGCUCUCGAUCAGUAACCAUUAACUUUUGCCGCAGCGGGGUUAAUCCGGUUUUGAGGUUGAAGAAAAAAGAAGAGUUGAAUCAAAAUUACCGUUCAGCAGAAUUUUACUGACAAGAGUUGCUGUUAGAUAGUUACCCGCCAAACGUUUUUAAUGAGAAUCUCCCGCAAUGGCCUCCGACGGAAUGCAUAUCGGUAAAUUAUUUAUCUGCAAAGUUGACAGAUAAAUUGUAAGUAACCAAUAAGAAUAGAAAAAAAAAUCCUUACACGAUUUUGAAUACCAACUCUUCAAGAUUGAUAUUGGGCAAAAAUUUCAUUUUUGCGGCGAGAUUUGAAGUGUGAUUAUUUCAAAUUGUCGUGCCCUUUCGGUUUACGAUUAGAUCGUUUACGACUAGAUUGGUUUACGAUUUAUAUCAAAACGAAAUAAUUUUUAUCGAAUAGUUGUUAUACUUCAAAGAGUGCAUUAAAAAUUUAUUUCGCGAAGAACACCCGCGAAGGUUUACCGUAUCAUUAACUUGGUGACGAAGUUACAAUUCCUCAGUACAAUUUGACCUACAAUGACAAUCUAGUUGUUUCUGGAAGUUACAAUUAAGUAAUACAAAAAUACACACACACAUAUAUAUAUAAGAACUCCAAGCUAUAUAUAUAUAUAUAGAUAGAUGUGGAGGUAGAGUCUACCUUGGCAUAAAGUGCUCAAUGCUGUGGUAGCAGAGCUAAGUAUACAUAAGUUAAAAAAGAGGACGCAUCGAUUCUCUGUAACUCUGAGUUUCGCGCCUAAGCGCUCGUCAGACAAAACUUCAUUCAACGAAGAACAUACCUCCUUAUAUGCAAAUUAGAUAAGUAGCUAAUUAAUUCCCUUGUGUGAUGAUCUAAUCUACGUGUGAAAUAAAGAUUCUAUAGAGCUAUUGGCGGCUUGUCAAAUUUGCUAAGUAAAACUUAUUCUCGUGGCGGCAUUUAGAAAUGAGUUCUGUUCUUUUGUUUAAUAAAGACGGCUUCUUAGCUCUAACUAAGUAUAGUUUUUCUGUGAGGCAAAAGUGGCACCGUUUGCUUUUGUUGCUGUAGGCCGGGACGGUCGCUAAAAUACUCCAAUUGUAAAAUUUGUGUUGUUGUCUUUGAGUGUCCAGAUAUGCUUUGAUAGUUCCGUGCUGUUUGAACGUGCUGCAACUUCCUCGACGUCACCGUAAACCUCACGGACGGAACCCACUAUCCAUACAGAAAGCCCAACAACGAAACUCUCUACAUCGACACCAAUUCUAACCAUCCGCCUACAAUAAUAAAAUACCUACCAGCAGCCAUCGGCUAACGAAUCUCCGACAUUUCCUCAAGAAAAGAACUCUUUAACAAAGCCAAACCACACUACAAAAGUGCACUUAAACAAAGUGAACACGACGAAUAAUUAAUCUACACUGAACGCAAGAAACCUGUAACUCACACCAUACAGAACAGCCGCAAGGACAAGCGUUUCUGAGGGAAAGACUUGCUCCUUGUACGCUCUUUUUUUGUCUUGCUCAUGUAGAUCAGUUAGCUUCGACUGAAUGCGUUCAAAGUCCUCUGUCGCGGCAUUUAGUUGGGCAGCAUGUUGCCGGAGCAUGAAUGCAGUUCUAUUCUAUGUAAAGAAUAUAUUACCCGCAAGAGUAUUUUACUCCCUGAAUGUUUCCGUCUGUUCUCUAUGGCAUAUGCUAAGGUCUCUUGGGUCUCUUGGAUAACUCGGUGUCCGUUCGUGGUGAUAUCCCCUGCUGGAUCUUCUUGUCGUUUCGAAAUGCUUUUAUUCUAUUUUAAUCUAUUACCCGCAAGAGUAAUUUUACUCCCUGAAUGUUUCCGUCUGUUCUCUAUGGCAUAUGCUAAGGUCUCUUGGGUCUCUUGGAUAACUCGGUGUCCGUUCGUAGUGAUAUCCCCUGCUGGAUCUUCUUGUCGUUUCGAAAUGCUUCGAUUUUUUUUUUCACGUCCUCCGCUAGCCGAUAUUUAAAUAACGGCUUACCUCCACGUUCUCCGGUGAUUGUGCAUUUCGGCAAUUUUUUCCACUGUUGCACUCUCGAUUGCGGUUGCGCGUCAAUCAAGAUAACGCUGUUGAAAUCGUUUACCACGCUAGCACAUUUACUUUCAAUCCGGUUUAUUGAACAUUGAUAAACAAAAUAUUAGAACUAAAGACGUGAGAAAACGAAAAUAACGUCGAAAAAAGCGCUCACUUACAUUGUCCGACUCCUAAGAGGAAAAUACGAGGUAUUUUCCUUCCGAUUAAUCGUUAACUUAAAACCAAAAUUAAAAAGUAUUGGCACAGGAGGGUUUACUGUAUCCUUAAAUGACGCAGACAGACAGACGGAGACAGAGAAAGGCGGAGAAGGAUACGAAUAGAAUUCACAUGUUGCUUUAGCCUGAACAUCGAAAUGUGUCAGGAUUAGAAUGAUAUUUUUUGAUGUGCAUGUAAAAUGGGUUAUCCUUCCAUGCUGUGUCUAAGAUUUAGAUGGUCUGAAUACAUGCACCGUAGUCUUUUCAACAAUUACUCUCUUUUUUUCUUUGAAAUCUAAUAUAGUCAAUCCUACGAUGGACCCAGUUCCAAACCCGCAGUAUGUAUUUUUGAACAGAACCUCUAACCUGUGGUGCCCAGUAAAAGGUGCGCCGGCUCCAUACAUUGUAUGGAGAAAAGAUGGUGACGUUGUUCAAAAUAGUACCAGCAUAACAUUUGAGCUUAAUAUAACUUCGAAAAACAACGUGAAUUACAGCUGCGAGGUAAGAAGAGAUGGAGAGGUAUUAAGAAGGAACAUCAGCCUCAUAAUUGAAGGUGAGGUAUCAUUGUUUUUGUUGAAGUAUAUCAGUACUUUCCGUGCAUAUUUUGAUUGUCUAAACCCGUACUUUUUUAUUUGCUCAAAAUUCUAACCACCUAAAAAAACGGUUAAACCACUUUAGUUGUUGAAUGUUAUUUAAACUUUCCAAAGUUAUUUUUCCAUAUCCCUUUAAUUUAACUUGUAUGCUUUUUACCGUAUUGAAUGCUAAUUAUUGGCAAGGUAGAUAUCUUCUGAAAGGGACAGCGUAAAUGAUUAGAAGCAAAGGAUAUUCUCACAUUUAGACGACCAAACUUACUUAUUUCUAUUUCAAUAGAAGUUAAUAUGCCAUAAUUUGUCGAUUUUGGCGCCUGCAUACAGUUUACCAGAAGUUCGUGUUUUCGAUCCAGUCUUCAUCUUUGAUUCAUGAUCAGUUUUCGAACCAACCUCGUUCUUUUUGAUGGGUCAUUUUUACAUCGUAUCUCUGAAGUGUUCGUCUAGUCUUGGUAACUGUGAUUUUACCGUUAUUUUCGAUCCAAAGGAAAUAUUCUUCGUUACCAAAAACAACUUACUUAACUCUUUUAAAUUUGAAGCCUUUGAUGACGAAUUUUAACCGCCAAUCAUUUUCUUUCCUCAUUUAGAGUGCCCAGACCCUUGUAAAUGUGACGUCUCCCACCAAACUAGCAUUAGUGUGAAUUGUAGUGGAAAAGAACUUAAUUCGAUUCCUUGGAAAUUUCCUCUUGCCAUGUCAAAAUUGUGA